AUGUCGUCUCAAGCCAGCUCCGAGCCUCUCCAAACGUACGAAAUUUCCGAUUUCAAGUUCCACAAUGGCACCACACUGCCGAAACUCAAGUUGGCCUACAAGAUCCUCAACCCACACAACAGCAAGAUAGCAGUUGUACACACAUGCUUCAAAGGCCGUCUUGACACCACCUUGACACAUGCCAACGCCGCUCUGAAGAAUCACAAGAUCAUCCUGAUCGCCCUUCUCGGCAAUGGCGAAUCUUCCAGCCCUUCAAACACGCCCGACUUCCCCAGUACCCUUGAGUACAUGGACUGCAUCAAUGCUCAGUACCAGCUUCUUACCCAAGAGCUCGGUAUCAAAGAGGUAGAUGUCAUGCUAGGAUUUUCUAUGGGCGGCCAAAUCACCUACCAUUGGGUAACAACACACCCUGAUUUCAUUAAGCAUGCCGUAAUCGUAUGUUCCUCCGCCAAAACUAGCCGACACAACUUCCAGUUCCUCGAGGGACCGAAGGCAGCGCUGGAAAGCGCAAAGAGUCCCGAGAGGGGUAUCAGGGCAUUUGGAAAGGCUUAUUCCGCGUGGCUGACAAGCGCCGAAUGGUUCGACGAAGAAUGCUACAAAGAGAUGGGCUUCCAGCAACUGCGAGACUGGGAUGAUGUGGCUACUAUUCAGGGUUACGAAGGUUGGACAGGUGACGAUCUUCUGGUAAUGCUGGGUAUGUGGCAGCGCGGAGACAUCACUCGGUGCACCAAAGCGGAGGAUCUAGAGUCGGCACUCAAAAGCAUCAAAGCAAAGGUUCUGCUCAUGCCGUGCGAGUACGAUCAGUACUUCCGUCCUUAUGUCAGCGAGAAGGAAGCUAAGAGCCUGGAGAAUGCGACGGUGGAGAUAGUGCCCAGUAUCUGGGGACAUAUUGCGGGUGGCGGGGCCAACUCGAAGGAUGUGGAUUGGAUGGAUCAUCGGAUCAAGCUUUUCCUACGGGGCUUGGCACGCUUCAACGUUCUCGAAGCCGCCCAGCGUCUCCGUGCGCAAUUCCUCCACAAAUUCUCAAAGCACUUCCGUGAAAUCUUAAGCCCAGCAAAACCCUCUUCAGCAUCCACAGCAAUGGUAACAUCACCCACUUCUUCAUCGGCGUCAGACCACAACACCUCCGAUGCCGCACCGACAGCGACUCGCGGCAACGGCCGCAAGUCACGCGUUUCAGCAGAGCACACGUUGAACCGCGUGCGCGAGAACCAGAGAAGACACCGCGCUCGACAGCGCGAUCAUGUCGCUUCUCUCGAGCAAAAGCUCGCCGAGACCGAAAAGUUGCUUGAAGAGGCGCGAGCGGAAAUCGCCGCUUUGAAAGCUGGGGGAUGCAAACAGCAGCGACAAGGCCAACAACGACAGAACACCAGCAACGAAAAUGUUGAAGAAGGAGCAAGAUAUCUAGGAGAAGGAAACGCGACUAUAUCUCAAGAUAUACCCAGACCACCCGUUUCCGCUUUAACCGACCAGCAAACCGAUUCGCUAGCACUCACAUCCAUCCAACCAGAUCAGCUCAUCGACCCGCAACUAGCAAACUACCCUGAUGUCCACGGGCAUGUCCCAGACAUGAGCGACCUUUCCUUCCUGGGCGGAUCCUCUUUCUACCUGCCGUCGCCAUCGUCUACACAGUCGAACGCUUCGCUAUUAUCCCCAACAUCAACCCAGGCCCCAACUCUCAACACCCACCUCACAGUAACCAACACAACAACCCUCACGAUAACUGGUCCCCCACCCUGCUGCAACGACCCCCCAACUCCAACCUCACCACCUCCAACAAACACGCUAGAAUGCACAUCCUGCUCCACUAAACCGCCCCCGUCACCCAGUGAAAGCACAACGCUCUGCGCCCAAGCCUUCGUCAUGAUCGGGCAGCAGAACUUCCGCAACCUCGAUCCAGAUACGAUUAGGCUGUGGUUGGCGCAGGGGUUGCGAAGAGCGCAGAGGGAGGGCGAGGGCUGCAGAGUUGAGAAUGGUGCGUUGUUGCGAUUGUUGGAUUUUAUUAGUGGGUUGUAG